UGUAUGUAUGGAUUGUGAUAAGAGUUGUAUGAGCCCCUAAUAAAACGAUUUAAAGAAAAAGAAAAAAUAAGGAAGGUAUAUGAAUAACAUUUGAUGGACCUUUUAGUGCUGUUUGUGUGUCCAGUGGCUUGUUGAUCUUUCUUUCUCUUUCUUAGGAACCCAUUUUGCUGUUUUCACAUUCUGAUAGACUGCUGUGAACAAUUGUGAAAGUUGUACUUUGAGAAGCAAAGUGUUGCAACUUCUUUUUAAUAGUAGAAAAUUUAUAGUUUCAUUCAAUGCCUAACGUUGCGGAAACAGAAAGGUCAAACGAGUGUGGAAAUGGCGAGCACAGACCUGAGAGGACAUCUCCUGAAGAGAAUCUGCAUGGUGCUGUGAAGUCUUUCUGCACAAGUGCCUCAGGAGCACCCUUGGGCCCUACAGGAGAUGGCCAUUAUCCCUGGCGUUGCCCAGUGACUCAUACUAGGGAAAAAGUUUAUGCCAUCUGCUCAGACUCUGCCUUUCUCAACCAGGCAGCCUCAGUCUAUAAAACUCCAAAUCCAACACGCUCCUCUUGCCUCACUGAUAGUACCGCUCUGUCUUCUGGAACUAGCUCACCAAGAUACAUUGGCAUCCCAACUAGUGCAUCAGAGAUAAUCUAUAAUGAAGAGAAUAGCCUGGAAGCCUUGUCCAGUAGCCUGGGCAAGCUACCUCUUGCGUGGGAAAUCGAUAAAUCUGAAUUUGAUGAGGUGACCACACAUUUGAAGCACAAAUCAGGCAAUGUGAAGAAGCAAAUUUCUAAGAAAAAAACUUCUGAUAAAAAAGGAAGACAUCAGAGAGAGUGUCUUCAGCAUUCUCCUCUUGAAGACAUUAAACAGCGGAAAGUAUUAGACCUCAGACGAUGGUACUGCAUCAGCCGGCCACAAUAUAAGACUUCUUGUGGCAUCUCUUCAUUGACUUCCUGCUGGAAUUUCUUAUAUAGCACAAUGGGAGCUGGAAAUCUUCCACCUAUUACCCAGGAAGAGGCUUUGCAUAUUUUGGGCUUUCAACCCCCAUUUGAAGAUAUUAGAUUUGGCCCUUUCACUGGAAAUACAACACUUAUGAGAUGGUUUCGACAAAUAAAUGACCACUUCCAUGUAAAAGGAUGUUCUUAUGUCUUAUAUAAACCUCAUGGAAAGAACAAAACAGCUGGAGAAACUGCUUCAGGAGCUUUGUCUAAAUUAACUCAUGGAUUAAAAGAUGAAUCCCUGGCAUAUAUCUAUCAUUGUCAAAAUCAUUAUUUUUGUCCAAUUGGCUUUGAAGCAACUCCUUUUAAAGCUAAUAAAGCAUUCAGGGGUCCCCUCUCCUCACAAGAAGUAGAAUAUUGGAUCUUGAUUGGAGAAUCAAGUAGAAAACAUCCUGCCAUUCAUUGUAAAAAAUGGGUAGAUAUUGUUGCAGAUCUAAACACUCAAAAUCCAGAAUAUUUAGAUAUCCGGCACUUAGAGAGGGGACUACAGUAUCGAAAAACAAAAAAGGUUGGUGGAAAUUUGCAUUGCAUUAUAGCAUUCCAGAGACUUAGUUGGCAAAGAUUUGGCCUUUGGAAUUUUCCAUUUGGUGCCAUUAGACCAGAAUCACAACCUCCACCACAUGCUCAAGGAAUUGCCAAGUCUGAGAGUGAAGACAGUAUCUCCAAGAAGCAGCACGGGCGUCUGGGCCGAUCUUUCAGUGCUAGUUUCCAUCAGGACUCGGCAUGGAAAAAGAUGUCUAGUAUCCAUGAAAGAAGGAACAGUGGCUACCAGGGUUACAGUGAUUAUGAUGGGAAUGAUUGACUAUAUGUAUACUGGGUACUGAGCAAUUAAUGUAGACAACUGGCUGGUGUAUGCAGCUGGGUGGUACAUAUAGCUGUAUUAGAUAGAAGAUUUUAAGUCUUGCAGUACAUUUAAUAUGAAUAGAUCUUGUGGUACAAAUAUAACCUUCUAGUUCUCCAGUAAAUAAGCUUGUAUAUGAUUAUGGUGGAUGAUAUCAGAUCUAUGAGCAGAUAAGCACAGAUGAUUUUCCUUUUAAAGUUAAGGGUACUUUAAAUAAGGAUAAAAAAUUUCACAAAACCCAAUUAAAAUGAUCACUGUUUUCUAAAGUCAAAUUCAGUAGUAGUAUU